AUGAGGCCGAACAGGUCUCCAGAGGAGAGCACUGAGGGAGAUGCCGGGAGAACAGAGUGGAAGCCCAUGGUGAGAGAUGCUUUCAAAGAUAUCUCCGUAUACUUCUCCAAGGAAGAAUGGAAAGAGAUGGGAGAAUGGGAAAAAAUCCGAUAUAGGAAUGUGAGAAGAAACUACGAAGCGCUGAUUGCUAUAGGUUUCAGAGUCACUCGACCAGAUUUCAUGCAUCACCGCAGGCAGGUCAUCAAACCUCAGGUAGAUGACACUGAAGAUUCUGAUGAAGAAUGGACACCAAGGCAGCAAGGUAAACCUUCCUCGAUGGCCUUCAGAGUGGAGCACAGUAAAUACCAGAAGAGAAUGUCCAGGGCACCAUUAAGUAAGGAAUCUAGUUUGAUGGAAUUGCCAGGAGCAGCAAAAUUGCUGAAAACAAGUGGCUCCAAGCAGCCUCAGAAACCAGUGCCCCAUCACAGAAAAGCAAGGACCCCUGGACAGCACCCCAGAGAAAAAGUCGAACUCAGAAGAAAGGAGACUGGAGUGAAGAGGUACAGUCUACGAGAAAGAAAGGGCCAUGUGUACCAAGAGGUCAGCGAGCCCCAGGAUGACGACUAGCUCUAUUGUGAGGAGGGUCAGAACUUCUUCAUCGACAGCUGUGCUGCCCAUGGGUCCCCAACCUUUGUAAAGUACUGUGCAGUGGAAAAGGGGCAUGUCAACCACUCAGCCCUCACUCUGCCCCCUGGGUUAAGCAUCAAACUGUCGGGCAUCCCUGAUGCUGGGCUUGGAGUGUGGAACGAGGUAUCAGAUCUGCCACUGGGCCUGCACUUUGGCCCCUAUGAGGGCCAGAUCACAGACGAUGAAGAGGCAGCCAAGACUGGAUAUGCCUGGCAGGUGAGAAGCACCCGUUUCCCUAACUGCUAUGAAUAUGUGGAUGGAACGGACACGUCUUGGGCCAACUGGAUGAGGUAUGUGAACUGUGCCCGGGACGAUGAGGAGCAGAACCUGGUGGCCUUCCAGUAUCAUGGGCAGAUCUUCUACCGAACCUGCCAGGUGGUCAGGCCGGGCUGUGAGCUGCUGGUCUGGUAUGGGGAUGAGUAUGGUCAGUACCUUGGCAUCAAGAGGAACAGCAGGGGGAAGAGUGAGCUCGCGACCGGGAGAGGUGAGUGUCAGCCCUCUUCCAGCACCGACCCCAUCCUGGGAGCCUCCGUGGUCCGAUUUCGAAGCAGAGACAGCGGCCAGGCCCCACCUGACACCGUGACUGCCCUGCACGGGCACACAGGACACCAGCAAUCAUGGGACGGACAGCCAGCUGCCUCCGCCGCAUGCUUCACCCUGACCACGGUGGCCCCGUGGCUGUACCAGCCCCGCCGGCGCACGGCUCUGCUUGGCUGCCAGGGCUCGGGGACCCUGGUGAGGGGCCCCCAAGACACCAAGCUGGGGUUGGCGAUGGGCGAGCUGGAUGCCAGGGAACCCGAGACCCUGCAGCAGAUUUGGCCCAGCAGCCUGAGCAUGGCUCACAGCCUAGGCGUCCCACAUAUUGGGCUGAUCUCCCAGGGCCAGGGCACCUUGUCCUGGCCUGUCCAGAGCCCCUUUCUUCAGCCUCAGGCCACCCGCAACACACCAGCCCCCACGUCCUGA